UGAGAGUUGGUUCCUCGGACCGAAGCUGAGAGUGCGUGAGCAAGCAGGAUCGCCAGAGCGUGCAACCUUGUCAAGCGGGGCGAGCAAGCAUGGAGGACGGAAGAAGAACGCAAUCCCGCCAUCGCCUCAGCUCGCAGCUGCCAGCUGGCCGGGCCGAGAAAGCGCCAGGAGAUGGCGGCUAUGGCGGCUAUGGUGGUGGUGGUGGUGGACGUCGUCGGCCACAUGCCGCGUCAAGCAGAGGGCUUUCGCUUCUGCCGACACGUGGCAGCUCCCUCGGGAGAGCAGCACCAGCAGCGUAUUUCACUCUGCUCGUCUCUCUCUUCCUCGUCUCGGGACUGGCCAUCUCGCCCAUCGCGCAAGCCCAGGCAGCCACGUCUGUCGGGAUCCCGAUGCUGGCGUCGAUCGGAGCUUUCGCAGGGGUGACAGACACGGCCGAGGAGUUCGCGAGGUCGCUCAAAGAGGAGACGGGCGGCAAAGUGUUCAUCUCCAACAUCACCUACGAUCUUGCCCGGGACGUGGUGUUCCGGGCGGUGAGAGAGGGGCGAGCCAUCGGUCUGGGCGCGCCGGGCAACUACGCCAACUUCACGGGAGUCGAUCCUCGUACCAUUCAAUACCUGCAGAACGACGUACCUUUCGCAAUGUCCUUCCCACAGUUCGACGCCUUCCUGCGCCAGGCCAACUUCUCCCGCUACUGGGAUCAGGUGUACAAGCCUUUCGGCAUCCGGCCGUACCAUGCAGGCACGGUGAGCGGCGCGCAGCUGGGCGGGUGGUUCAAGAAACCCAUCACCAAGCUCGGCGAUUUCCGAGGCCUGACCAUCCGCUACACCGGCAAUCCUAUCACCGCAUUCCAAGGAAUGAUCCUGAGCGAGGUGGGAGCCACACCCAUCGCUGUUCCGGCCCCAGAUAUCAAGGCUGCCCUUGCGAACGGGACUCUGGACGGCGUGGAGGUGCUGGGGCCAGUAGCGGACGAGGCAGCCGCCUACUGGGAGUCCGGAGCGAGGGUGCUGCACUAUCCGAGCUUUCAGGGGCCUGAGAGCACACACUUCCUGGUCCCCGACGCGGUCGUGGCUAUGGCGACAGACAAGGCUGUGCGACGUGCCGCACAGGACGCGGUGUCUCUAAACAGCGCCGUGUUCUACGGCCCACGGGCGCAGGCAGCGCUGGACAGGUUCCGCGGAAAAGGAGUGACAAUCCGACGGUUGCCUGUGCCCGUUGUACAGGGACUCUAUCGCGCCUUCAAGAAGGUGGAGGCUCGUCAUCGCGCUGAGGUCGGGCGUUCGAAUCCCCUCUUCGCGCAGAUCAUCGACGAGUACAACGCCUACCUCAAGUCCACGAUCAAUCACUCCGUCCUCUCGGCGCCGGAGGCACAGCAGCUGCCAGCAAGGGAUGACAUCGUCGCACGCUUCAUCGGAGUGCAGCCAACCGUCGCACAGCAGCGAGCAGAACUGUGCAGGAGGGUGUGAGUCAAGCCACCCGUCGCACCGUCGCACAGCAGCGACGAGAG